UUAUCUUCUGCUUUCAUGGUUGGACUCCUCGUGUCUUCUCCAAUAUUUGCAUCACUAGCCAAGAGUGUGAAUCCCUUUCGGCUCAUCGGAGUUGGAUUGUCAGUUUGGACUUUGGCUGUAACUGGCUGUGGUUUCUCAUUCAACUUCUGGUCCAUCAUUAUUUGCCGCAUGCUGGUUGGUGUUGGUGAGGCUUCAUUUAUUAGUCUCGCUGCCCCUUUCAUCGAUGAUAAUGCUCCAUCUCCUCAGAAAACUGCAUGGCUUUCGAUAUUCUACAUGUGCAUACCAUCUGGAUAUGCACUUGGUUAUGUUUAUGGUGGCUUGGUGGGCACUAGGCUAAGUUGGCGUGCUGCAUUUUGGGGGGAGGCAAUUCUGAUGCUUCCCUUUGUGAUUCUCGGGUUUGUUGUCAAGCCUUUGCAGAUGAGAGGUUUUAAGCAUGAUGAAUCAAAAGUUGCUGUGUCACAAGUUCAAGGUUCGGGUGCUUCCGAGAUUAAAGUUGCAACGAAAAUAAAGAAGCAUCUUUCGAGGUUUAUGAAAGAUAUGAAGGAGCUUUUGGUCGAUAAGGUGUACAUUGUUAAUGUUCUUGGUUAUGUAGCAUACACCUUUGUAAUUGGUGCCUACUCAUAUUGGGGACCUAAGGCUGGUUACAAUAUAUAUCAUAUGAAUAAUGCAGAUAUGAUGUUUGGAGGUGUUACAAUUGUGUGCGGAGUACUUGGCACAGUAGCAGGAGGCUUUGUUCUGGAUUAUAUGUCUAACACUAUCUCCAAUGCUUUCAAGCUUCUUGCAACCACAACGUUUAUUGGGGCUAUAUUAUGCUUUGGUGCCUUUUGCUUGAAGAACACGUACGGUUUCCUAGCUCUUUUUGCAGUUGGACAACUACUUGUCUUUGCAAUUCAGGGUCCCGUAAAUUAUGUUUGUCUGCAUUGUGUGAAACCUAGUUUAAGGCCACUGUCUAUGGCCAUUUCUACUGUUGCAAUUCACAUCUUUGGAGAUGUGCCUUCCUCACCUCUCGUCGGAGUUCUCCAGGAUCACAUCAAGAAUUGGAGGUCGACUGCUCUUAUUCUAACAUCUAUUUUUGUUCCAGCGGCUGCCAUAUGGUUUAUAGGAAUUUUUCUGCACAGCGUCAAUAGGUACAGCGAAGAAAGUGAGAACCAGAUAUCCACAACUCAGGUUGAAGAAAAGAAGACAGAAUCUACUGAUUCUGCUGCCGAGCCCGUCACAUAUUCAACUCUUGUCUAG